AUGGUCAAAAUAUUUGCCGGAGGCAUGAAUUUCCUCUCGGGCGAGCACAAGAAUGAAGUCUUGAACACCAAGUUUCGUCGUUUGAAGCGUUUUUCCCAAGUUCACAAGGUCCAAGAUGACGUCGUAGUCCCGAAUCAGCUUCACCUCGACGAUAUCGCUUCCUCCUCAAGCCCUUCGAUUGUCCGUAGUUGUUCAUUCCUUGUGGAUGAGAGGAUUGAAGACGCUGACUUCUCUGAGACCACUCUCUCAAUUUUUUGCGAACAGAGAGGCGGUGGCCCUGCAAUUCCUGGUCACGGAUCCAUGGGUCUUGGCGGUGGAGAAAUUGAGCAGUCGAUUUCCCCAGACAAGAACGAUCCGUAUAUCUGGGACAAAAAUGCUAGAUGCACCAUUCCGGUUCACAUUCUGAGCAGCAAGGACUUCCGUCGUGUUACCGGAAUGAAGCCGCCCAUCAUCUGUCUCUGCCGUCGUAUGUACGAAGAGAGAAGCGACAUCUCCGGCGGUUUCAAAGCAGUCAAGAGCAUCAACAAGAUCGAUCAGGAGCGUGGUAUUGUAUCCAGCGCCGAGCCUGUUGUUCAGCUGAAGCUCAUCGAGCUCGAUGAACAUAAUUAUCGCAUCAUUCAUGAAAGCCGCCACAACGCUCGGCAGAAUGUCGCUGAUCCAGAUGGCAUGCUUGACCCUGUCAUACCGCUGUACCGUUUCCGCACCCAUCAAUAUAUGAAGAACGAGCUUGCCAAGCUUGGUCUUGAUGCCGUCGAGAAGGAGGUGAAGGCCGCCUUGGAGGGCAAGGCCUAUUGAAGUUGCCUUAGGGGAUCACGAAAUGAUGGGUUUUAGUAUUGAUUACAAGUAUAGCACGCAUGAUCGGCUUUUUGAAGUCGUGAAGAUUGGUUUGGGCACAUACAGAAUGAUGCAUGUAGGAAUGAAUGAUGCGAGGAAUGACAAUACUGUACACUUGUGCGCUGCG